CCGCGCUUUCCGUCCUGACGGAAACAACACGGAAGUGAACACAUCGCUGUCAGUCCAGAGUUCGAGUUCGUACCUGACGGGCUGAAUCCGGACGUGUAAACCUCGCAGAGUUUUAUCGACACAAUGCACAGAUUACAAGUCAUCUCGGGACACUUGUCUCCGGCCUACAGGCGGGACCUGGGACGGGCCGAGUGCGGAGCGGCGGCCCGGAGCAGCAGCCCGGAGGACGUGGUGGUGGUCCAUGGACGGAGGACCGCGAUCGGGAAAGCCAAGAGGGGAGCGUUUAAGGACACCACACCUGACGAGCUGCUGAGCGCCGUGAUGACAGCUGUGCUCACAGAUGUUGGACUGCCAGCCGACAAGCUGGGAGACGUCUGUAUGGGUAACGUGCUGCAGCCUGGUGCCGGAGCUCUGUUGGCCCGGGUGGCCCACUUCCUCAGUGGGUUUCCAGAGACGGUCCCCGUCUACACGGUGAACAGACAGUGCUCCUCUGGACUGCAGGCGCUGUUCAACAUCGCAGGAGCCAUCCGGAGCAGAUCCAUCGACCUGGGCCUCGCAUGUGGUGUGGAGAGCAUGUCUCUGCGUUCAGUAGGUAAUCCAGGAGAUUUGAGCUCCAGGCUGAUGGACAACGACAAGGCCAGAGACUGCAUCAUCCCGAUGGGCAUCACCUCGGAGAACGUCGCCGAGAGAUUCGGAGUCUCCAGAGAGAAACAGGACGCCUUCGCUCUCAGUUCUCAGCUGAAAGCCGCCCGGGCGCAGAUCUCGGGUCUGUUCCAGCAGGAGAUUGUUCCCGUCAACACAAAGAUCGUAGACGACGAUGGAAAGGAGCGGCAGGUGACGGUCGUGAAGGACGACGGGAUCAGAGCGGGAACAACUCUGGCGGGACUCGCUAAACUGCGGCCGGCCUUCAAACCUGACGGCAGCACCACAGCAGGUAACUCCAGCCAGGUGAGCGACGGAGCGGCGGCCGUGCUGAUUGGUCGCAGGGCUGCGGUGGAGGCUCUGGGGCUGCCGGUCCUGGGGGUCCUGAGGGCCAGUGCGGUGGUGGGGGUCCCUCCUGAUGUCAUGGGCAUUGGACCAGCGUACGCCAUCCCUGCAGCUCUGGAGCAGGCUGGACUGACUGUGGAUGAUAUCGACGUGUUUGAGAUCAACGAGGCCUUUGCCAGUCAGGCGGUGUACUGUGUGGAGAAGCUGGGCAUCCCGCUGGAGAAGGUGAAUCCUAACGGAGGAGCCAUCGCUCUGGGUCACCCUCUGGGCUGCACCGGAGCUCGACAGGUGGUGACGCUGCUCAACGAGCUCAGACGCAGAGGGAAGAGGGCGUACGGCGUCGUGUCCAUGUGCAUUGGGACGGGGAUGGGAGCCGCUGCUGUGUUUGAAUACCCCGGACCGUAGCAGCAGAUCAGGACCCCGUCAUGGUGAUUAAAGCCCCUUUCAGACAAGACGGAUAAUCUGCCCUCUUGAAACCUUGUUACACUUAAUAAACCUCUGGGGGGGAUUUGUGAUUUUGCCAGUAAUCACACAGACAAGAUGUUUAUGCAGCGCAGCGACCAGUAACAGAACAGAGCUGACACUCUGGAUGCCCUCGCAGGCGGCCAGAGCUCUGCCCGCUGCACAAAACAUGGGUGGAAUUUGUUCUGCACCUUCCACUGAACAUCCAAACUAAGGCUGUGUGACACGAGCAGCGUUACAGGCUCCAGAGAGAUUUAAUCAACCUUUACAUUAAACUCCCACUCAACUAACGCUGCUGCUCUUUAGAAGAUAUUGAUCAGGUUAUCAAGUGCCUUUAAUUAAUCCUGCUUUAAUCGUCCUGAGCCUCGCUGUUACCCUCACUGACCGUCCCAAACUAGCUGAAGUCUACAUGACAGGAGGCUGUAUUCUGUGCAGGGUGGAGAAUACGGACCUGAGACUGUGUUCUCUAACAGUUGUCAUCAAGGUAAAAACAACAACUUGACAGUCGUGCUGUAUCACAGAAGGCUGGUGUGAACGGUACCGAGUCUCUUCACUGUGAUUCUUUUGCUGCAUUAAUCAGGAGUUCAUGUGUAAAGAUCCUGGAAGUGUUUGUGAAUGCUGUUCCGUCCUGUCAAGUCAUUCUGCCUGCACAUUUAGAGAAUACAGUGCCAACACUGAACAUUUCUGCCACAUUACACUGCCGUCAGACGCACUGAAGUCUGUCAACAACGUCCAUAUUCCUCCACAGAAAAGCAGCUGAGACUGCAGCGCCUCGUUUCACGCCACUGAUCAGUUGUUUGGGUCGGACCUUCAGAGUCCGUCUGACGGCAAUCUAAAGUACCAAACAUCUUCAAAAUAUAGCAGAACACAGUAGUGGGACUGUCUGGAUGUUUUUAGUCCUCAAUCUGAGUCCUUUAAUUUUGCAUAUCUGUUAUUAAAUAUCUUCACCUUACUUCUUUUUACAAGUCAUUUGAUCCAAAAAUUCAGUGUCAAAAAUGUGAAGCGCACAGAAGAUCAUAGUCGCUCGUUUGUACCACAGAAGAAGAACUCUGUUCUUGAAUGAGGUCCAAUCAAACUCCAAUGACUGUAGCAUCUUGUCAACUGAGCUGUGAGUGAAUGUCUGUACUGAUUUUCUCUGUGUAGAAAUAAAACAUUUCAACAUGA